GAAUUUAGUUUAGAUCUCUUCUCCCUCUUAGGCUGGUUCUCUGAAUCAGAUUUCUCUAUUCUUUAAGGGAUUACUAUCAAAUCCCGGAUUCCAUCUUGUCAUCGUACUCAGGUACAUGACAAUUGGUAUCUAGAGCCGUUUCCAUCCAUAUCCUAAUCAUGGUUGCAGAAAUGGAUUUACAGAAUGAAAAGUGGGUACAAAUAAAUGGAAAAUUGGUACCGAUAAAGAAAUUGGAAAGGUUAGCAACAGAGGAUUUAGAAGGAUGCAUAUAUUGGUAUAAGUUUUGGUUGGAAAGGGUUAAUUCUCCAUCUCAAAAUUCUUGCCUUCGGAGGUGGUUAAAGAAUAUCGACAAGGUAUCAAAGAGAUUAAGAUCGAUCCUAUUACACAAGUGUACUGCUCCAUCUUAUCCAUCUCCUUGCAGAGUGAAAGUUCCUUCUACAUCUGUUGAUGAAUUUUCAGAAUCGGAGUUGAUUCCUUCUUAUUUCUUUGAAGAAGUUUCAACUGUGGUUAAUUCAAUUCCUUCCGCUGUCGACAAAGAGUAAGUUUCUCUCAAUUUAAGAUCAAAUGAAUUCAAAGUGUGGGAAGUGAAUCUGUUCACAAACAAUGGCGUGAAUGAACUACUUGUACGAGAUUGCGUCAAAUUUUUUUCCAGAACACCAGGAAACUGUUGAAUGUUUGAACAAAUUGUUCCUUCUCCACAGCAAAAUUCUAGGUAUGGCUUGUAUCCACUUCAAACUUGAUGAUUCUCGUUUGUUAUUUGAUCGAGGUAAAUGUGCUGAUAAAUUGGUUCUUCGAUUUCCUUCUAGAUUUGGGUAUGCAUACAAUUGUUUAUCUAUACAAUCAAUUUAUCUUUUAUGUGCUAAUGAUGUUGAAGCUUAUGAUGAGAGGCAGUUGUUUGUUAAAAUGCUAGAUAGGAAUAGAACUUUUACACUUGUUUUGGCAUGGAUAGUUAAACAUGGGGAGGCACAGGAAGUGUUUGUUAAUAUGGCUAAGAGAAAUGCAAUUUUUUUGAACUCGACCUUGAGUGGAGUUGAUGCUUUCUGGCAGCUCAAAAUGGGUAAAGUAUUUGAUCGUGGCAAAGAGUUAGAUAGUACUAAAGGGUUCUCUAUAUUCUGUGAUAUGGUUGCUUCUCAUUCGUUUAUAUUCUCUGUGUGUUUAUUUGCUGGAUACCACGAAAUUUUCAUUCAUGAGUUAGCUCUUGACAAUGGGUAUCAAGUAGACUUGGAGUUUACAAAGUUGAUGGUGUUUGUGUUUCUUAAGAAUGGUGACAGUUGUGAUGGCAGCCAGCUGUUUGUGAAUAGUGGUAAUAUAGCUCAAAAUGUAUUGAUGCUUCUGUGGAUGCAAUUGGGUGUAAUUCAGAUUUCUUAUCAGUGUUUUGAUCAACUGACUGAGAGAACUGGAGUUUUGUUAUUCUUGUUGGCCAGAGUGGUAGAAAAGGAGAAGGCACAUCAAUGGUGUGGUCGAGUGCUUGGUACAUUGGGUGAAGAAUCUUUUCCGCUACAGCUACACUGUGUGGAUGUUACAGUCACUCAUCUGGAAUUUUGGGGUGUUCUUCAAAAUCAAUUUGAAGUUUAUAAGUCAGCAGAUAGGGUAUUCAGGCACGUGACUGAAGUCUUCACAGAAAAUGGAGCCACAUUUGGUAGAUUUUGGAAGAGAGGAGCAAUGACAGAACAUUUUAUGUGUUGUUGUUUCUAUGAAAUUUUCAUCCUCAACACUAAUAUGCACAUCCACAUCUGUUUAGUACAUCAGCCGUUCUCUUUCAUAGUCCCUGUCAAUUACACAUCCAUACUUCUCUUUCAAAAAAAAUGGCAAACUCUAAGAUAUCUGGUUCAAAUGGCAAUGUUAAGAAGAAUGCUGGACAAUGUAGGAGUCUUAAUUGCAGAUUGGCAUGGGAAAGUGCUGUCACUACCUUGCAAAGAUGAUACAUUUAACAGUGUGAAUUUUCAAGUCAAAGAUGUUGUAAUUGCAUUCGUCAGGAUAAGUUACAUCCACACGAGUGAGGUGAGUUCCAAGUUACUAUUUGAUGAUUAUUCCUUACUUGCCUUCGCUUCUACGGCGUAAAGUGUUUGAUCGUGGGAAAAGAUUCCAACUUAUUAAAGGAUUUUGUGACCUUGCUGGUGUUUCUGCAUUCACUGUAAUCAUCACUACUUCUGGUGUUUGGGUAUUCACGAUGUGUUCUAUCUUACUGGAUGAUUACAAUACAAAUUCUGCUCAUGAGGUAAUUUUUGAAUGUGGGUAUGGAUUAAAUUUGUGGCUUAUGAACUCAUUGGUAAUGGUGCUGGUUAAAAUUGGUGACACUGUUUGUGGUGGUGUUUGUUUCCUUCUUUAUUUUCUUUAUACAUGUUCAUUAUUUGAUUGUGGAAAGAGGUGUAAGAGGUCCAGGGUAAUGGCCAAUUAUAGUGGAAAAUUUGUUUAUGCACUUGUUUUCAAACUUAGAUACCCAAUGAAGUUGUUACGGAAGAGCUCGGUUACAUUUAUGUGGGUUACAUGGGUUGAGACUGGUGCUGUUUGCAAGUUGCUGGAUAAAUGGUUACAGCAGGGUACAGUUUCUAUGGUCCAAGUUAAUACUUCAAGUGAUUGUAAUAAUGAAGCUGGUGUUGUGAGAGACUUCUUUGAUCAACUACAUCGCAAUAGAUGGAGUUUCUGUGAUUCUCUAAUCAUGCAGCAAUCUCUAAGGAUCUAUGCUGUUGCAAGACAAUAUGCUGAACCUAAUUCCACAGUUUGUGGAAUGGAAUGUUCCGAUUGGGCAGAGUCUCUUGUUCUGAGAGUGGAAAGGCUAGUUGGAAUUGAUAUUUGUAUUGAGAUCACUUUGGAGGAUCAAGAGUGGAGAAAGCAAGCUCUCUUAUGUGCUCAAUCAUCAAUUGCAGGGAGGUUGGUGAUCCUUUUGAAGUGGCAAUUGGUUUUAACUAGUGGUGCUUACUUAAAUUGUGUACUUCUCUUGGUAGUUUAUGAAAGGGUUGCUGAUAUACAUUGUCCCACUGCACAUAAGUUCCAUACUGGCGCUGACAGAGGUACUUUUAGUACAGCUUACCUUGGGGAAAUGAGCACAAGGGGGUCAGGUCCACUAGUUGACCUUAAGAGAAGCACCCCAACCUUGUGUGAUGGUCAGUUCCUUGUUAGACUGGGAAGUGCAGUGUUCAAGGCCAUGACUAAAUGUGUGCAACUACAGAAACUCAGUACUUCCACUACCUUCUAUCAUGGAUUCUCCAUGGAGCAGUUUCUAUACGUAUUACUACGUAAUGGGGAUCAUGGAAUUCAGUCUGUUCGACUCAUUACAGCAUGGUGCAUGGAAUGCGAGGAAUUGGAGUGGAGUUGAUAGGGAAUUUACCUCAGUUGUAUGCUUGGACACGAACUGGUAUUACGAGAAGAUGGUGUUAAGCAAGAGGGAGGUCCAUCGGCAUUUUGCAGCAACUCAUCCGAGAAAAUACAGUUGGGACUUGCACUUUGCAAUGAGAUUCUUCAAUACUGUGUUAGAAGGAGAAUUGUUUAUUUCAAGACAAGUACGAAGUUGUGGGUACCAACCAAUGCAGGGUUAUGGAUGGACUUUGUUCUUUAUUAAGGAAGUGGUGAUCACAGACAUGGUCUUAUUCAGGAUUCUUAUCAGAUCGUUAUGCAAGUGGUGGGUCCAACGCUUAAGGCAAUUAAACUCCAGCAUAGCUCUAAGUUGCAAGACCUUGGUGUCCACUUCUACUGUUGGGGUUCACUUCACAUGGGUUUUCUUUUAUCAGGAGGGAUGUCAACAGUAUGUCUUCAUGUGAAAUGGAGUUUUAAUGGCGAUAUUAUGUGACUAGUAUACCCUCCACUGUGCUGACUCUCCAAACUCUCAUCCUUGAGGACAAGGAUGUUUUCAAGAGGAGUGGAAUGUCAUGUACCCGGCAUAUGAGUGGAGUGCCCAUAUUGUAUUUGUGGGGGUAGUUAGCUGUUAGUAGCAUUUAUCCUUUGUAAGGGUGCCUAAUAGUAGUCAUCCUCCUAACCUAGCUAUAUAAGGCUAGCGACCCUGUGUAAAUGAGAUUACCCAAUUAAUGAAUUAAUGAAAUAUAAUUUAGUUUAGAU